ACUUGGGAAAGGUGCGUUUGUGUGGAAUAAACUACAGAAAUUUGCAAUAAUAAAUUUUAAAAUACAGCAUUAUUCAGAGACGCAAAUGUUAUUCUGUUAAAUUUACAAUUUAUAAUCAAGUUUUCAGGGGGAAAUAUAUUAACUCUAGACAAUGGCGUCAGACGACAAUAACUGGAGAACACAGUCAUUUCGGCAAAACGUUGUUUCUAAAAUCGAGGAAGCAAUACAGCGCUCCGGUAUGCAGGUCGCUCGUAACAGCAGUGAGAUGGAGACUCAUGUGUUCUUAAAGGCCAAAAACAGAGAUGAAUACAUGAAUAUGGUAGCAAAACUCAUUCUGCAUGUAAGGGAAAUGUCACAACCAAAGCAAAAUCAAGGCCAACCAAAUAUGCAAGUGCAAAAUCAGAACCAAAGUGGUCCUUCUACACAAGUACAACCCCAACAGGGACAAGCCCCUCAAGGUCCUAACAGCCAGACUGGCUUAGCCCCCGACCCUAUAAAUGCAUUACAGACGCUCGCAUCUCAAGGAUCUCGAAAUCAGAUGAUGAAUAUGGGACCUCAAGGCCAAAUGCAGCAACAAAACGUUAUGCAGACACAAAUGGGGAGCAUGCAGUCUCAAUUGGGUCAAACGGGUCCCAUAGUGUCUCAGGGACCUCAAGCCCAAACGGCUACUAACCUGCUUCAAACAUUAAACCAAAGACCACAAAUGAAUAUGCCCAUGCAAAACAAACUUGCUGGUUCAAUGGGCAUGGUCGGAAAUCAGGGUCAAAUGGGCAAUAAUAUGGGAAUGGGAGGCAUGGGAAAUCCUAUGGGCAGUCAGCUGCAGAAUCAGCUCGCUGGACCUAGCAUGCAGGGUCAGAUGAUGCAGAAUAUGUCCAUGUCUAAUAAUAUGGCUGUGCCUAUGAGUGGUGCUAAUACCAUGGUGGGUCAGAUGCCAUGUAACCAAGUGGGUAUGGGUGGUCAGAUGCCACCCAACAAUAUGCAAGGGCAAAUGUCUGGGCAAAUGGUGGGAGGAAUGGGAAAUAAUCAGAUGGUGGGUAUGAACAUGGGCCACAUGCAGGGCAGGGUGCAGGGCAAGCAGGAGGUGGGCAUGCUGGGCGCGGGGUACUCACGAGGCCCGCCGCCCGCACAGUUCCUGAGGCAGAGCCCCUCGCCCUCUGCACCCUCACCGGGCAUGCCCGGACCCAGUCCCGUCUCCAUGGGAGUGAUGGCCAACACUAUGCCGUCCCCAAUGUCGAGUCUGGGCGGGCUGGCGGCCUGCGGGGGAAGCCCCUCGCCCUCCGCCCCCACGCACCUCGCGCAUCACGUCUCACAGCAACAGAGGAGCGUGGGUAUGGGCAUGGUGCAGUCUCCGUCCCCGUCCCUCAACACCCCGCAGGCGGCGCUGGGGGCGGGGUCCCCGGGCGGGGAGGAGGCCGCCUACAGGGAGAAGGUCCGCCAGCUCUCCAAGUACAUCGAGCCAUUACGGCGCAUGGUGCACAGGAUGGUCAGCGAGGGCGAGAAUGUGGAGAAGUUGAAGAAGAUGAAGAACCUACUGGACAUCUUGUCGAAUCCUAACAAAAGGAUAACUUUGGAGACGCUCAUCAAGUGUGAGGUCGUGCUCGAGAAGUUGGACUUCAAACGAAGCGAAGGGGUCGUGGUGGGGCUGCCGGGGUCCGGGAAGGAGCAAAUAGUGAACCCGUUGCUGGAGGUCGUCAACAACUGUCUGCAGUCGCCGCUGGCCAACCACACGCUCAAGAGAACCUUCGGGUCCACCUUGGACGCUCUAAAUGGACCAGAGAUAAAGAACGUGCCGCCGCCGUACAAGGCGCCGAAGAUGGCGGAGCCCGAGAUGGAGAUACCCGACGUGCUGCAGGGGGAAAUAGCCAGGCUGGACUCCAGGUUCAAGGUGUCGCUGGAGUCGCUGCAGCUGGGCGGCGGCGGGCUGUGGCUGGUGGCGCAGCUGGACGACGCGCGGCUGCCGUGCGCGUGCUCCGUGCACGUGUCCGUGCCGCGCGACUACCCCGCCGCGCCCCCCGCGCUGCUGCGCCGCCCCCCCCGCGCCCGCGCCGCGCACUCCGCCUUCCUGCACCGCGUCGAGCGCGCCAUGGACGCCCGCUGCGCCAGGCUACCAAAAAGCUGUUCUGUGGGCCAACUCCUGGACGCGUGGGAGAUGAGCGUGCGGCAGGCGUGCGCACCCAACCCGGUCGAGUACCUGCCGGUCCCCGCGCUCGGGCUCUAACCGGAAUCAUUGCCUCGGUGCGGUGAGAACACCCCUAAACGAUCUAAAUCGAUCUAUCUAAAACGAUAUCGAAUACAAUCGAUUUUGUACCAAACUAUUAAAAUUUGUCCCCCUGCAAGGCAAGUACCCGGACUCUAGUUCUGACAAUUUGCGUUCAGUGUGCUCAAAUGCUCACUGUAUUCUUCCCUUAGACUACGGAAGAAAUGAUUUCCAAAAUGAUGGGUUUGAAAAUCGAAAUUAAAAAAAUCGAUAUUCUAUUAAACCCAAAAUUCUAAACCUUUCAAAUGACGUGCUAGAUGUUAUUAAACUUUCUCGUAGCGCUUUCAUCAAAAACAAUUUAUGAAUUUUAAACAUAAUUUUGAAUAUUUUAAAGUGAUAAAAAUAUCCCUUGAAAGAAAUAAAAUAGAAAAUUUAUUUAUUUUAAGCAAGGCGAAGUUUUCUCGUUUAUGAAGUCACAAAAUUGAAAUAUCAAUUAUGUACUAUCGAUAUAUCGCCGAUUUUGUAUCGAUACACAAGACUAGUGUUCCUUCCUUAGAGGUUGAAAGGUGAAAGUUUAUUGGAAGACCAAUCACAAUGGAUUCUGACACAUAUCUACCUCAUAUAGAGUCUAUAUUGAUUGUUUAUUAGAACGAGGGAAAGGAGUGGACUUUGUAGAUAAUUGUGACAUUGGCAUGCCGUUUUUUCGCUACAUAAUUCUAGUAAGGAAAAAUAUCUUUCAAAUAAUAUAAUUGAUAUAAAUUGAAACGACAACGGAAGUAACUUGAACCUGCCUGCUAUGGUAUAU